AUGCAUCAUUUGUACACCUUCCAUAGAGGUCCCGAACUGGGCACCCGUCCCCUCAACGACUGGCCAUGCAGCUUGGACAGAGCCAUGGAGCUUCUCAAGACGUGGUAUGACGAUGAUAAGCCUUUCUUCACAAAGAAAGAUCUGGAGAGCGUCUCUAACCAAAUGGAUCGCUGGCGCAACGGAAUGAAGGAUGGACAAAUGGAAUUGGUCUCGGUCAAGGGUCUCAGUGGCUCAAGUAUCUAUUACGAAAUGAGGACCGGGCAAGUUAUUCUAGGAGCGAGGCAAAACGAGGACUGGGAAAUGAUGGAACCAAAGAUCCGAUAUUUAUGCUAUGAGCAACUCACCGAUUCAGUGAAGUCAGGGGACAUUAAACUGGUCGAAGCCUUCUUUCCGUUGCAGAUUGAGCAUUUUAUGAACGUACGCGCAAGCGACACCAAGCUGCCCAUAUCGACUGAGUACAUUAAGAACUCCGUGGGUGUGGAUGAGUGUCUCAAAACUAUGCUGGGGUGCUGGAAACAAACACCCGAAUGGGUGAAUCUCACAGCCCUUCUCAAACUUGUCGCCACUCAUAAAAUUACCAAAGUUGUCGGUAUCGCAUCUGGAUCGAUGGAAUUCGGUCCUGAUGAUGAUGAUUGGACCUUUCGCAGCGCGGUACAACACUCGGUGAUGACCUCGGUCAAGGAGUACAUUGAGGAAACCACCGAUGAGAGGAUUAAAUGCUAUGCUCAGGACCCUCACUACACCGCUGUUGACACUUGGGCCCUCGCAGAGCAUGGCUGCAAAGUCCUGGAUGACCCUCGGGCAUUGCUGGAGAUUGACGACGACUGCAUCUUAUUUUCGUGUUGCCCAGCUCUUCCAUUGAAGGCUAUCACUAAUGACUUUGCUCGGCCAGCUAUGCUAAUUUGGGAUUCAGUCGUGGCUAAGUCACACCCCGGAUGCCAUAACCCCAACUCCGCUCGCGUGCAGAACAUGGUUUACAAUGAAUAUGACUGCUACGGGUUCUGGGAUUUGCAUGAUACCAGACUUGCUCCCUUCAGGUCUGACCUGGUUGUUUACAUCCGCCGUCAGGUGGAGUAA